CUCGUUCGGGGCUACGCCCACACUGAGCUCCUGAUCCUAGGGCAGGCAGGCAGAGUGUAAAAUGGCGCACAGCUGUCGGUGGCGGUUCCCUGCUCGGCCCGGAGGGAGCAGCAGCUCGGGCACCGGGAGGAAAGCGGGCCGAAUUCGAGUCAGUGCUUCCCUCCGAAACAGCACGGGGACUAAUCCGAACGCGAAUGGGCUCGGGCCCGGUUUCGACGCUGCGUUGCAAGUGUCUGCUGCCAUCGGCAGCAACCUGCAGAAAUUUCGGGAUGUUUUGGGGGAGUCGAGCGGCUCCAGCAGCGGGGAGGAGGAAUUUGGAGGCUUCAGCACAGUCAGUGACAACAGAAGAAUACAUAGCCCAGGAAGGACGUCAAUAGGUUCUAUCUCAUUAGGAAAAAAACCCAGAGGACGUCCUCCUAGGGCUCUAGCUGCGCAGAGGGUUGGCACUGAUAUUGAGACAGCCCCUUUGCCUCUCGCCACAGCUCCUACAGAGAAGGUAAAACGACCACCAGGGAGGCCUCCUGGCACAGGAGAAAAAAGAAGAGGCCGCCCUCCUGCUUCUGCCAGCCAGAGGAGCUGGCAACAGAGCGGCCAUGCACUCCCUGAAGAGGAUGGGGAUGCAGAACAGGAGUGCAGCUCCAGUCCCACACACCACAAGGACGGUGUAGAGGACGAAGACAAGGAGAAAAGACAAACUCUGCUUGGGUCUGGGCACCGUCAGGGAUCUGAGGCUAAGCUUCACAAAAUCAGCCGGGAGUCCAAGGUGACCAAACUGAAAAGAUUGCGGGAUGUCAAACUGAGCCCUUUGAAGUCUAAGCUGAAGGCCAUUGUGAGGAAGAGUGUCCCAGUUCCUGGUUCUGGUGUGCAAAGACGGAGGCGGGGCAGGCCACCUUCUGCCGAGCGCCUCAAAGCUGAAGCUGCUGCUGCUGCUGCUGCUGCUACUCAGGUUGCUAAUGCCUCCUCGGUCCAGGAGAUGUCCACCACGGCACCUGGGACUACCAAACAUAAGGACUUCAGGGUUCGUCGGGCACAAGAUUUGGGUACCUGCACUCCACAUGAUCUCCAGCUCAGGGCUUCUCAUCCUGCUGAUGAACGCACUAGCCCAGAUCCCCAUGACUCCCCUACAGUCAACCCAAUGACCCCAACUAAACACGGGAGGCCAUUAGGGUUACGUCAGAGCCCUCGCCAUAUCAAACCUGUGCGGGUCGUCCCUCCCUCCAAACGCACUGAUGCCACUAUUGCAAAGCAGCUGCUGCAGCGGGCAAAGAAGGGGGCCCAGAAAAAGAAACUAUUGGAAAAAGAAGCUAUUGGCACCCAGGGAACUGCAGGUCUUGAGGGUGGGAAGCACAGGAGACGAACACAGCUAACAAACAUCAGGCAAUUUAUCAUGCCUGUUGUGAGCACAGUGUCGUUGCGCAUCAUCAAGACUCCAAAGCGGUUUAUCGAUGAUGAAGGCAGUUUCAGCCCUCCACCACCACACAUGAAAAUUGCUCGAUUGGACUCUGCAGCAUCUGCCCCAGCACCUCAGCCCAUAACAUCACCCACUCAAGCUCUUGUUUCCACAGCUCCCUUCACAAGUGGAACCACUGCCACACCCGGAGCAGGGCCUGCUGUUGACUCUCUCCCUCCUCCCCCACCUCCUGUUCCGACUGGCAAUGCCAACAACAUUGCAACCAUUCUUCUUAACAGCAGUUGCAACAAUAGCACAAGCAAUGGGCGAUUCAGUAGCAGUGCGGCGUCCUGUGGCUCCAGCGCUGUUUCGCAGCAUUCCUCUCAGCUCUCUUCUGGUGAGUCGUCUCGCUCCAGCAGCCCUAGUCUUGAUGACUCCUCCUGUGAUUCCCAGGCCUCUGAGGGUUCCCAGGCUCUCUCAGAAGAGGCAGAUCAUUCCCCUGCCUCUCAGGGAGAGACAGAGGCCAGCAUGCGCCACGCCUCGCACCCACCAUCACCACCAUCUGAGCCAGACCAUGUAGUGUUGAUGGAGCGCAGCAGGCGGGGUCGCAGAGGUCAGAGUCAUAGGCGGGGUGCUUUAGUGGCACGUGGUAGGGGCAGCCUGAUUGGUGGAAGGAAACAAGCCAUCAUCAGCCCAGCCACGGGGGUUUCACAAGCUGGGUCUCAACAAGCCUCUUCUACGGCAUCAUCAUCCUCAUCACCACCACCUCCUCCUCUUCUCAGCCCUCCUCAGCCUCCCCAGGCAGGAUCAUCUGAGCAUCACACCCACUCUCCAUGGAUGAUGUCACAUUCCAUUGCCCCUUUUCUGUCCACCCCUCCAAUACUCUCCAGCUCUCACGAUAAACGUCACUCCAUACUACGAGAGCCCACUUUCCGCUGGAAGUCUUUGUCCUGUGCUGAAAAUAAGUACUUCUCCUCUGCCAAGUAUGCAAAGGAGGGCCUUAUCCGCAAGCCCACUUUUGACAACUUUCGUCCUCCUCCACUGACUGCUGAGGAUGUGGGCCUCAUGCCACCAGGACCUGGUGGAGGUGGUGUUGCACCAGGAGGAUUCCCAGUGCCUGCUGGUGCAGCUGGGACAGGUUCCAGACUUUUCUCCCCCCUGCAUCAUCAUCCUCACCACAAUCACCACCAGCACCCCUCGUCGCGGUUUGAAACGCCACUUCAAAAGCGCAGCCCCCUACUACGCCCCCCUUUCUUCAAUCCAAGUCCGGCUCACUCCCGCAUCUUUGAGUCGGUCACACUCCCAUCCUCUUCAGGGAGCAGCCCUGGCUCUCUUUCCCCCCUUCAGGUCUCACCAACAUCAAACAAAAAGAGAAAGGGGUCUAGGUUCUCACGUGGACAACCCAGGUCACCCUCACACUCUAUGACUACCAGGAGCAGUCAGUCAGGAGUUCAAACAGGGAAAGCCUCUGAACAAUCCAUGAUUAGCAGUUCUGUUCCCAUAAGUGUGACUGGGAAUUCCAGCCCAUUGCCUGGAGUCGCAGUCAGUCCACUUGCUGCCAGUGCCUUAACACAAGCUUCUUUCAGUGGCUUCCCCUCAGGCUCCAUUGGUCUUACGAGCCACGGAGUUUCCGAUGGGCGGCGAGCAGCAGGGGGUCUCGGUGUGAGUGGGAGCUCUGCUUCAUCUUCACAGCUCUUCCCUCUUUUUACCCCCAGUAAUCAAGGAUCAGGUGGGGGGACUGGAAAAGCAGGUAGGGAACGGAGCGUCUCUGCUACUAGAGACACAGGUACAAAGGAGAAGGACAGGGAGAUGGAGAAGAAUAGAGAGCGUGAAAAGGAAAACAAAACAGAUGGAAGGAAAGACUGGGAUAAAAGAGGGAAGAGUCUUCCAUUGGAGGAUUCUACAUCUAGCCUCUUUGCAAUGGAGGCCAGGGACAUUGCAGAAUCUCUCACCCAAAAAAGGACACCUGGUCGAAAGAAGUCAGUCACAGUUGACUCUGGUGCAGAGGCCUCCCCAAGUGACUCUACAGCAGUUCAGCCUGUUGGGGCCUUGUCCUCAAAGGGUCGUCUGGCCAAAAAAGGCAGACCUUCAGAGAAGAGUAUUGAAGCAGAGGGAGUAGAGAGGGUGAAGGAUAAGGAGAAAUUGAGUGCUCCUACCCAAGCAGGGCAGAUGGGAAAACCCCCUGCCACCACAUCACUGGGCUCCAUGUUAGCUCAUGCCGAGAAACAGCCAGUCACAGACAGGCGUGUUGCAGGACUGCUGAGAAAAGCUAAAGCUCAGCUCAAUAAGAUAGAGAAGAGAGAGGUACAACCUGGCGAUCAACCUAAAUUACCGGGUCAAGAGAGUGACUCUUCUGAGACAUCAGUUCGUGGUCCACGCAUUAAGCAUGUGUGUCGACGUGCAGCUGUAGCUCUGGGUCGCAACCGUGCUGUGUUCCCAGAUGAUAUGCCUACACUUAGUGCCUUGCCAUGGGAGGAGAGAGAAAAGAUCUUGUCUUCCAUGGGAAAUGAUGACAAAUCAUCAGUGGCUGGAUCAGAGGAGGCGGAGCCACCCACACCUCCUAUUAAGCCAGUAACAAGGCAGAAAACGGUCCAUGAGGCCCCACCCAGAAAGGGCCGGCGCUCUCGACGCUGCGGGCAGUGUCCAGGCUGCCAAGUCCCAAAUGACUGUGGGGUCUGCACUAACUGCUUGGAUAAGCCCAAAUUUGGGGGACGCAAUAUUAAAAAGCAGUGUUGCAAAGUACGGAAGUGUCAGAACUUGCAGUGGAUGCCAUCAAAGUUUCUUCAAAAGCAGGCAAAAGGUAAAAAGGACAGGAGGAGGAAUAAACUGUCUGAAAAAAAGGAUUCACAUCACAAAUCCCAGUGUUCUGAAGCAAGCCCCAAGCCAGCCCCUCCUCCAAAAGAUGACCCUCCCCAUAAGAAAAGUGAAACUCCACCGCCUAUGCAGGGAGAGGACAAACAAAAGCAGGCACAACCUUCAGCACCAUCCUCACCAGCUUCCUCCCCAAAGGACCCUCGGCACUCUAGUCCUUCUGAUGACCCCAAGCAUUCUCAAACCCCUUUGAACUCAGCCUAUAGAAAGGAGUGGAAGCAGCAGCCCAGUUCUUCACCCACCUUUGUACACAUUGCCCCAUCUUCCCCACCAGCACAGUCCCAGCAGUACUUGCAGCAGCACAGCCAAGUGCCAGCAAAAAAGGAAGGUCUUGCAAAGCCCCAGCCCACUGAGCCCAAGAAGAAAUCACAGCAACAAAGUCAACACAGUUCUGCCACAGACACAGUAUCCGAAGCAAAGCUAAAGAAACAGUCCACUCGAUGUGUUCAACCACUCAAGCCUAAACCAAAAGAAAAGGUAAGCAGAUAUUCCAGGCACUUUUCACAAGCGAUGCCAAGGUUACAGCAGCUAAAGGAGUGUGACAAGUGCCGAAAUAGCUAUCACCCUGAGUGCCUGGGACCCAACCACCCUACCAGACCCACCAAGAAGAAAAGAGUCUGGAUUUGUACCAAGUGUGUGCGCUGUAAGCGCUGUGGAGCCACCAAACCAGGGAAGGCCUGGGAUGCUCAGUGGUCACAUGAUUUCUCUUUGUGUCAUGACUGUGCCAAACUCUUAGCUAAAGGCAACGUCUGCCUGCUCUGUAAUAAGUGCUAUGAUGACGAUGACUGUGAUAGCAAAAUGAUGAAGUGCAGGAAGUGUGAUUGCUGGGUCCAUGCAAAAUGUGAAAAUUUAACAGAUGAUAUGUAUGAGCUCUUGUCUAACCUGCCUGAGACCGUGGCCUACACCUGCGCAAACUGCACUGAGCCCCAUCCUACUGAGUGGCGCACUGUCUUGGAGAAAGAAAUUCAGAAGUCCAUGCGGCAAGUUCUCACUGCCCUUCUCAACUCUCGCACGUCUACUCACCUGCUUCGCUACAGACAGGUGGUUAUGAAGCCACCUGAGCUGAACCCAGAGACAGAAGAAAGCCUUCCCUCACGCCGUUCCCCAGAGGGCCCUGACCCCCCUUUGCUGACGGAGGUCUCUCCACCUAAUGAUUCACCACUCGAUUUGGAGUCUGUGGAGAAGAAAAUGGCUCCUGGAUGCUAUAAAUCUGUGCUGGAGUUCAGUGAUGACAUUGUGAAAAUCAUCCAGACAGCCAUCAAUUCAGAUGGAGGUCAGCUAGAGAGCAGGAAGGCCAACAGCAUGCUCAAGUCCUUUUUUAUUCGGCAAAUGGAGCGGACUUUUCCAUGGUACAGGGUGAAGGAGUCCAAAUUCUGGGAGACGCGCAAAGUCUCUCCAAACAGUGGACUUCUUCCCAAUGCUGUGUUGCCCCCUUCUUUGGAUCACAACUAUGCCCAGUGGCAGGAGAGGGAGGAGAUAGCCAGGGCUGAGCAGCCUGUGCUAAUGAAAAAGAUCAUCCCGGCUCCCCAUCCUAAAGCACCUGGGAAACCUGACUCCCCGAUUGCCCUCACACCACCUCCUCCUCCACCCAUGCUUAUCCAUGACCACAGCCUUGAAGAAAGCCCUGAUAUUCCCCCUCCUCCUGGUGUAGGUGACAACAGACAAUGUGCGCUUUGUCUGAAUUAUGGAGAUGAAAACACAAAUGAUUGUGGGAGACUGCUUUAUGUUGGCCAGAAUGAGUGGACCCAUGUGAACUGUGCACUGUGGUCAUCCGAGGUGUUCGAGGAUGUUGAUGGUGCACUCAAAAAUGUCCAUAUGGCAGUCAGGAGAGGCAAAAAGCUGCAAUGUGAUAAUUGUCACAAACCCGGAGCCACGGUGAGUUGUUGUCUGACGUCCUGUACCAACAACUACCAUUUCAUGUGUGCACGUCAGCAGCAGUGUGCCUUUUUAGAGGACAAGAAAGUUUACUGUCAGCAUCACAGAGAUCUCAUAAAGGGCGAGGUGGUGCCAGAGUCAGGCUUUGAAGUUACUCGGAGGGUCCUUGUGGACUUUGAGGGAAUCAGUCUGAGAAGAAAGUUUGUUAAUGGGCUUGAACCAGAUAACAUCCACAUGAUGAUAGGGUCUAUGACUAUCGACUGUCUUGGUAUGCUAACUGAACUGUCCGAUUGUGAGAGGAAGUUGUUUCCUGUGGGCUACCAAUGCUCAAGGGUCUACUGGAGCACUCUAGAUGCCCGCAAACGAUGCGUCUAUAAAUGUAGAAUUUUAGUGUGCCGCCCCUCUAUGACUGAAACUAUCAAUAACACAGCAGCUCAAGAAGAGAACCACACAAUUGCUCAUAGUCCUCCACCUCUUUCAGCUGAAGUGGACACUGCUUUGCCUGGACCCACAGAUUCCAUAAAACCAUCAAAUGUGCCUUUCACACCAAAACCAAGAGUUUAUUUUAGGAACAGACACCCCAGUUACCCACCAUGUCAUCGUUCUCCCUCAACCAGACCACUUCCCUCCCCAGAUGGUUUUAGUAGUUCAGCCCAUGAAAUUGUGACUGUGGGGGACCCUCUGCUGAGCUCCACUCUGCGAAGCAUUGGAUCUCGUCGACACAGCACUUCCUCCAUCUCUGCUCAACAAUCUAGGCAAGAGGUUUCCUCUUCUCAACAGGGAGGCACAGUAUCCAUUCAGACAGGUAAUUCAUCUGCCCCGUCCCUGUCCUCAACCUCUAAGGAACCUUUAACCAGGGACACAGACAAAGGAAUAGCACCAUCUGGAGAGAAAUCUCACAAUCGAGAGGCAAUUUCAGUGAACAUUGGGGCACAGCGUCGACUCAGUUUUGGUUUCACUGAAAGAAUAGAAGGUAGUAGAGAAGCAACCAAAAAGCAGUCGGAUGGUGAGAGUUUGAAGUCAUCGCAACCAAUUAGCAUAAGCCAGGUAGCACCACCUCUCGGAACUGCAGUAUUGACCGGACAUCAGAGAGGAAGUGGCAGUUUGAAAACCGAGAAAGGGAAACAAGCCACAAAAGAUACUGACCUACCAGCCGGAGUCACUUUUAUGUCCAGUCAUCCACUUGCCACACUUCCUAAGGACAAGGCUAAUACAGUCAAGGAAGGAAAUGUGGCAUCAGUGGCCGCAUCAAAAGACAUAGGAAAGACUGUGUCUCCACAACCGGUUUACAGCAAAAGUGGGAGUAGGAAGUCUCACUGCUAUGCGUCUGGUCCAGCAGCGGCAAUGAAGCCUCUCUGGUCAUCUGGUGCCAAGGUGGGAGAGGAGGACCUAAAGCGUGGCUUCCAGACAAGUGCUGCUGUCAAUGCUAGUCAUGGAACCUCUAGCACCAAAGACAAACACUCCAAAGUCAAAAUGAAUGUGAGCAGGGAUGUUUCAAAAGAAAGAAAAGAGUCUGCUCAAAACCCAGUUCUUAACAGCAACUCUAAAAGCAGUAAUGUCAAAACACAAGGUCAGGGUCCACCUCCUCACAACACUAGCAAUAAAGCCACAGCAUUGAGCAGCAACACGGGGUCUUGCAAGGUGGAAGUUAAUACAUUUGAUCAGAAAGAAAUGGAGAAGCCAUUCAAGUCCAAAGAGAGAUUUAGCUUUGAGAAAAAGCAUAGUUCAGCCAUGGAUGCUAUUCAGCCGAAAGCAGGGUCUGAAAGAGGUACUAGACCACCACAGGUACACCCUAAAUCAAGUAAGGAAGUUACUCCUGUGGUGAAGAAACCCACUGAGAGGCUGCCUCUAAUGUCUCAAAAAAUGGAUCCUAAUGGAACCGAAGCUGUCAGCAUGUCCCCUAACACAAACACAUACACUUCUGUAACCCCUAGCAACCAGGGCCCCCAAAGAAGGUCCUCUCGAGUGAUGGUUUUCUCCCCAUCUGCAAGUUCUGAAAGCUCAGAAUCAGACAGCCACAUUCACCCAGAUGAUUCUGAGGAGCAACUCAUGGACCACCAAUGUGCAGAUGAUGGGGAGGACCAUAAUUUAGAGGAUGAAGGCAGCGUCGAUAAGCGCCAUGAGGAGGAUAGUGAUGGUUCGGCAGGUUCAGCAAAGCGCAGAUACCCAAGGCGGAGUGCCCGUGCUCGAUCAAACAUGUUCUUUGGGCUAACCCCUUUCUAUGGUGUGCGAUCGUAUGGGGAGGAAGACAUACCCUUCUACAGAACUGGUGAAAUCUCCAUGAAAAAGCGCACUGGGAGCAGCAAGCGUUCCGCUGAAGGACAAGUUGAUGGGGCAGAUGAUAUGAGCACAUCAUCUUCAGCAGACAGUGGAGAGGACGAAGAAGGAGGAAUUGGUUCAAAUAAGGAUGCAUAUUAUUACAACUUCACACGCACUAUAAUAAACCCCAACUCUGGUCUUCCACCUAUUGCGGGUAUUGAUCAGUGUUUGGGAAGAGGGACGCAGAUCCACAGGUUCUUGAGGGAUCAGGCGAAGGAGCAAGAUGAUGACAGUGAUGAGGUGUCAACAGCAACCAAGAAUUUGGAGCUGCAACAAAUUGGGCAGCUGGAUGGCGUGGAUGACGGUUCUGAGAGCGAUGUUAGUAUAAGCACCAGCAGCACAACCACUGCUACUACUUCAUCAACAAACAAAAGUUCAACAAAAAGAAAAGGUAGAGAAAGCAGGACAGAUAAAAUAAGCAUUGACUCAGGGAAGGAGACAGAAAAUACACCAAGUGGGAACAGUCGUGAAAGUCGUAAAAAUCAAAAGGAUCCAUUAGGGAGUGUGAAAGCACAAGACCCCCUUGAAACUCCGUUGUCACUCACCACAGAUCUCCUCAAGUCUGACUCUGAUAACAACAACAGUGAUGACUGUGGUAACAUCCUACCCUCUGAUAUUAUGGAGUUUGUACUCAAUACCCCUUCAAUGCAGGCUUUGGGACAACAGACAGAAGCUCCUUCUGCCGAACCGUUCUCUUUAGAUGAGAGUUACGGGGUGAAUGUUAACCAAAGAAAGGACAUGCUUUUUGAAGACUUCACCCAGCCACUGGCCAGUGCUGAACCUGGUGAGAGUGGGGUGAACACCUCCAUUGCUGUUGACGAGUCAUAUGGUCUUCCCCUUGAGCUGCCCUCUGACCUCUCUGUGCUGACAACUCGAAGUCCCACUGUAAAUAAUCAAAAUCAUGGCUCGAUGAUCUCUGAGACCUCUGACCGCACCAUUUUGGCUCUGGCCACAGAGGAAUCAGGAGUCGAGAAAAGCAGGAAAAAAACAAGAACAGGGUCCACUGUAUCCAGCAAGAGCCCACAGAACAGAUGUGCCGAUUCCCAGAUUCCAGAAGGUCAAAUGACUCCAGAACACUUCAUUUCUGCACGCAUUGAUGGUGACCAUAUCACAAGUCCUGGAGUUGCACCUGUGGGAGAGACAGGGAGCCAAGAUCUGACGAGAAAUAGUAGCACGCCAGGUCUUCCCAGCUCACCCACCUUGCCUCUCCAGAGUAAGAAGUUAAUCCCUGCUGCCACUGUUAGCUCAGGUCCCACUCCGAUUGCAAGCUCUGCUGUUCAAGCUACUGCCUCUCAAUUGAAGCCUGGCCCAGAGAAACUGAUAGUGCUAAACCAGCAUCUGCAGCCACUCUAUGUUUUGCAAACCCUUCCCAAUGGUUUAACUCAAAAGAUCCAGAUUGCACCAUCUGUUAGUGCGACAGGUGUCAUGAACACUAGUGCCCCUGUCUUGACAGGCCUCAGUGGUAGCAUCUCCACCUCUCAGUCAAUUUUUCCUGCUGGCGGCAAAGGUUUAGUGCCUGUAUCUCAUCACCCACAAAUCCAUGCGUUCACAGGCACUACUCAGACAGGUUUCCAGCCAGUCAUUCCUAGCACCACAUCAGGCCUCCUCAUAGGAGUCACCUCCCACGAUCCCCAUAUUGGUGUGACAGAGGCAGGAAAUAGGCAUGAUCAUGCCUCUGGUGUUGCUAUGGUAUCUAGUGCUUCAUCCAUCACCCCAGCACCAACUAUGCUCCCCUCUGGACAUGGCAAGAAACGCCUAAUUUCUCGUCUUCAGAGCAAUAAGAGCAAAAAACAGGCUCGUCCAAAGACCCAACCUACACUUGCUCCUUCCGAUGUUGGGCCCAAUAUGACCCUCAUAAACUUGUCAUCUUCACAGAUUGCUGCAGGAAUCCCUGCUCAGACAGGCUUGAUGGAACUUGGGACUAUAACUGCAACACCUCAUCGAAAGUUUCCUAACAUUAUAAAAAGGCAGAAGCAAGGGGUGAUGUACUUGGAGCCUACUCUCCUUCCACAGCCCAUGCCCAUUUCAACCACAACUCAGCCUGGCAUGUUGGGACAUGAUUCAUCGACUCGCCUGCUCCCAUGCACUAUGUCAGGGCUUAACCCAAGUCCGUCUGUUUUGAAUGUGGUGUCGGUGCCUCCCACUGCAGCAGGAAACUUUUUGGGAGCAAACUCUGUAUCUUUGAGCGCCCCAGGCCUCAUAAGUUCAACUGAGAUCACAGGAUCUAUAAGUAGCCUUCUUUUCAAAGCCAACCCUCACAACCUAUGCCUUCCAGAGCAACAGAUGGUUCUUCAUUCAGGAACCCCUAUGAUAUCUCAUCUUACUAAUCCUGCCCAGACGUCCAUUGCCAGUAGCAUCUGUGUGUUACCCCCAAAACAAAGCAUAAGCAUGUCUGUCAACCAGCAGGUGGAGAAAGAGGGCAGCGUUCAUCUCCAACACCCAGUCAGUCGAGUCCUGGCAGAUACAAACCUUGACCCAAAUGGCAAUUCAACUGGUCAAGUAACUCUUGCCCCUAAUCCCAUUACUCAAGACCUGAACAGAAGUCAUGUUGUUGGCAUCCUCACUCAGAGCUCACGAACCUCUCCCAUUUCUCGACCCCCGCAUAAGCAGCAAUCCUCAAAGUUACAUGCUGGAGCUGCAUCCACAGCUGUUGGGAAGGGAAAGCAAAAGGCCAAAAGACCUCGACCAAUCCCGGAUAAGAGUGGAAAGAAACGCAAAGGACUUCAGUCAGAUACACCAACUGUUGACACAUCUGCUAUCCAAUUAUCAUAUUUCCCAGGGGACCGGGAACUUUCAUCACCUGAGCCAAUGGAUACAGGGCAGUCAAAUGAAACGGGUUCAAAAACAAGUGACUCUGCCACUAAGACAGCUGAUUCUUCUUCUUUUAAACGUACAACCAUGGAUACUCAUGAUGAGAAGCCAAAGACUGCAGGACUGCCUAGUAAGGGUGAUGGGAAAGGAUCUAAUGCAUUUUCAGUGGAAACACCUGAUCAGAGGGACAGUGGGAGAGACUCCUUUCUGGACUACAAGCCCAAGAAAGGGCUCAUAUUUGAAAUCUGCAGUGAUGAUGGAUUUCAGAUUCGAUGUGAAAGUAUUGAGGAGGCCUGGAAGUCCCUGACAGAUAAAGUGCAAGAAGCCCGGUCCAAUGCUAGACUCAAGGCACUUUCAUUUGAUGGAGUAAAUGGGUUGAAGAUGCUGGGUGUGGUUCAUGAUGCUGUAGUGUUUCUACUGGAGCAGCUAUAUGGAGCCAGGCAUUGCCGAAACUACAGGUUCCGCUUUCACAAACCUGAGGAGCCGGAAGAUCCUCCUGUCAACCCUCACGGAUCUGCCCGUGCUGAGGUGUACCACAGGCGAUCAGUUUUGGACAUGUUUAAUUUCCUGGCAUCCAAACACCGUCAGCCUCCUGUAUAUAACCCCCAGGAGGAAGAUGAGGAGGAGAUGUUGCAGAAGUCUGCUCGACGGGCCACCAGCAUGGACUUACCACUGCCUAUGAGGUUCAGGCACCUAAAGAAAGUGUCCAUGGAGGCUGUGGGUGUCUACAGAUCAGCCAUACACGGCAGAGGUCUGUUCUGCAGGAAAAACAUUGACGCUGGAGAGAUGGUGAUUGAGUAUUCUGGCAAUGUUAUUCGCUCUGUCCUCACUGACAAGCGGGAGAAAUACUAUGACAGCAAGGGCAUUGGCUGCUACAUGUUUCGUAUCGAUGACUACAAGGUGGUGGAUGCCACCAUGCACGGCAACGCAGCCCGAUUCAUUAACCACUCUUGCGAGCCCAACUGCUACUCCCGCGUGGUCAGUGUUGACGGUCAGAAGCACAUUGUCAUUUUUGCCUCACGCAAAAUCUUUAAAGGCGAGGAGCUCACGUACGAUUACAAGUUCCCCAUCGAAGAACCAGGCAAUAAGCUGCCUUGCAACUGCGGGGCGAAGAAGUGUCGCAAGUUCCUCAAUUGAAAGCAAACUCGCAAGCUAAUAUUGUCUGUGAAUGCUAUCAAGAGUGUAUACAUGCCAGGGAAGAGACCUUUUAAAAGGUUUUUUUUUUAACUGAAGCAGGCUCAGGUUAUCAGAAGGUUAAUGGUAUUGUGCCUCUUAAGUUGUUUGACUUUUAGAAAAGACAAUUGAGUAAUGGAGAAGAUUGCCCUUGUGUCCCCUUUAUUAAUGCCCAAUUCAAGAUAUUAGUGCCCCCUCGGUCUUAAAUUUUGUAUAUCUUUUUUUUUUUUACCUUUUUUUUUAUUAUUAUUUAUUUUUUUUUUUUAGAAGGAUAUUGUGAAAAGUUUUACAUUUGUAACAAGUCGAGUCUGGCCUGCUCUUAUUUACCGAGUGUGACAAAUUACUGAAUAAUUGCCACAUCGUUCCAUUCUACACCAAAGUGCAAUUUCGGAAGGGAAAGAUUUAUUGUUUUUAGAUUGACGAUACAUAAUCCUUUUUUUUUAGCCUGACCUGUUUAGACAUCUCUCCCUUUUUGAAUGUACAUCGAAGCCUUCAGAGCAUCAAUGGUCACUCUUGCCAAGCUUGGCCUGAUUCUCUGUAUGGAAUACACUGUAAAUAUCUCAUAGGGGAGAUGAUGAGGGGAAACACUAGGGGGAGCAGUGGUCCCAGGAAUAGGUUGUCUGAAGAAAAAUGGUAAAUGUUUUUCUUGUCAGUAGUAGAAAGAAAUGUGUUACGAAGAGUAGGCCAUGAUGGGCUUGUGAGAUGUGUGGCUGGCAGGUUGAGAUCCUGGUGGACUGACAGCCAAUGGACCAGAGCAAUUUGGUAGCUUAAUUGCAUUGUAUUUUCAAAAAAAGUAUAAUUUGCAUGUUGUUACGAAACAUUGUAGGAUUUAAUUGAUUUUAGUGAGUGCAAAUGCUAUUACCAGUCUAUUUCUUGUAUCUCACCAUUAGGGAUUUUUUUUUUUUUACUCCCUAGGCCCGUAGUUUUGUAUAAAAUGAUACGAUUUUUUUUAGGCAAUUUAAAAUUUGACUAUUUUUGUUGUCUCAUGUCACUGACAGAAAUAUAAUUCGUUGAAUAAUGUAAAUAAUAUGUAUAUUUUUCUAUACAAAUGACUAAAAGCACUCAUUGGUGAAUCGCACUUAACAAUGGUAUUUAUAUUUUUAAUAAUACAUUGUAUUUAUUUUAUCAACAUUUUUGUAGGAAAUAAUAGAUUUAGAACACUAAUGCUUUGUCCAAACAUUUUUAUAG